UCGGCCGAGCCCGCGGGAUCCCCGGGCCCCGCUCUGUCCACAAGGCCCCAGGAUGGCAGCGGGGUGGACGGACCCGGCGCAGGUAUCUGUGACCUUUGAGGAUGUGGCUGUGACAUUUACCCAGGAGGAGUGGGGACAGCUGGACUUGACCCAGAGGAUCUUGUACCAGGAGGUGAUGCUGGAGACCUGUGGGCUUCUGGUCUCUUUGGGUUGUUCUUUGUCUAAACCAGAGCCGAUCUACCAGUUGGAGCCCAACCAGGACUUCUGGGCGGUGGAGGAAGAUCUCUUCCAAAACUCCUGUCCAGGUGACAGCACACAACCCAGGACAACAGAGCCUACCUUUCCUUACCUGACCUUGCCUGAGGAAGUCUCACUCGAGGAGCAACUGACACAGGGAUCCUCAGGGGACUCCCAACUGGAGCAAGCCAAGGAUCAGGAUGGGCCAUCAGAGAUGCAGGAAGGCCACUGGAGACCAGGGAUGGACCUGCAGGAGACGCUCCCUUGGAAAAUGAGCCCUGAACAUGAUGGUUUGGGGACAGAUGAUGGUUUAUGUUCAGUGAUUAUACAGGAACAAGUCUCUCCAGAAGAUGAUCUUUGUGUAUGCAACUCAUGUGGAGCAGUUUCGUAUCCCUUGAUCCAGGAAGGUGAAAAUUCCUAUAAAUGUGAGGAAUGUGGGAACGUGUUUAACAAGAAUUGCCUCCUUGUUCAACAUGAGCAGAUUCACAUUCAGGUGAAGCCCUAUGAUUGCACAGAAUGCGGGAAAGCCUUUAGCAAGAGCAAACACCUCCUUCAGCACCACAUCAUCCAUACAGGGGAGAAGCCCUACAGGUGCCUGGAGUGUGGGAAAAACUUCAACCGCAGGUCACACCUUACACGGCACCAGCAGAUUCACACUGGAGAGAAGCCUUAUGAAUGCAGUGAAUGUGCAAAGGCCUUCAACCGCAGAUCACACCUUACACGGCACCAGCGGAUUCACAGUGGAGAGAAGCCUUAUAAAUGCAGUGAAUGUGGAAAGGCCUUUACCUACCGCUCCAAUUUUGUCUUGCAUAGCAGAAGCCACACUGGAAAAAAACCCUUUGAGUGCAACGAAUGUGGGAAAGCCUUUUGUGAGAGCACAGACCUCAUUCAGCACUACAUCAUCCACACUGGGGAGAAGCCCUAUAAAUGCAUGGAGUGUGGGAAGGCCUUCAACUGCAGGUCACACCUCAAGCAGCACCAGCGUAUUCACACUGGGGAGAAGCCUUAUGUGUGCAGUGAAUGUGAAAAGGCUUUCACCCACUACUCUACUUAUAUCCUGCAUAAAAGGGCCCACACUGGAGAAAAACCCUUUGAGUGCAAAGUAUGUGGAAAAUCCUUUAGCAUUGGGAAAGAUCUCAUACGGCACUUUAGCAUCCACACUGGAGAGAAGCCCUAUGAGUGCCUAGAGUGUGGAAAGGCCUUCACCCGCAUGUCGGGCCUCAGGAGGCACCAGCGGGUUCAUACUGGAGAGAAGCCCUAUGAAUGCAUCGAGUGUGGGAAAGCCUUUUGCCGGAGCACAAACCUUAUUCGACACUUUAGCAUCCACACCGGAGAGAAACCAUAUGAGUGUGUAGACUGUGGGAAGGCCUUCAACCGUAGGUCACCCCUCACAAGGCACCAGCGGGUUCACGCUGGAGAAAAGCCCUAUCAGCGCAUCAAGCGUAAGAAAGUUUCUUGCCAGAGUGAAAACCUCAUUCAGCACUCCAUCAUUCAAACUGAGAGUAGCCCUAUGCAUGCAGUGAAUGUGGAACAGCCUUCAGACGCAGCUCAUCCCUCGCUCAGCAUCGAAGGAUGCAUACUGGAAGAAACCCUACCAGUGUAACAAAUGUGGGAAGACCUUUUAUAGGUGUGCAAACUUGAGUCAACAUCCAAGAACUUCUAUUAGGGAAAGAUUUUUUCAUAUAACUACUGAAGAAAAUCUGUGGUCAGAGGAAACAUCUUACUCAGCAUCUGGCCAUUCAUACUGAAGAGAAACUCCUAAGUGCUAUUUGUAUGGAAAAACUUGUGAUAGAUCCUCAUUUGCCAUCUAAAGAAUCAUGUUAGAAAUUGACCCAGCCUGGACUCUCAUUCUGUGUCUGAGAAUUCACCCACUGGUUGCUGUGCACAUACGAAAACAUUCAGCCACUUCUUCUUAGUUUACAGUGAAAUGUUUUCUCAGUUAUAUUAAAAGAAAGGAGGAGGAGACAUAGAAAUGAGAAAGAAAUGGGAGCACAGCUUCUUUCAGACUUCCCUGACAAACUCAUGGCCAUUUGUCAUUCCUUGUUUUAUUCGAGGAGAGGUAAAUGUUUCAGAAACAGAAGGGCUUUGCCCUCAUUAUUUUUCCCUGUGUAUACAUUCACUGCUAUCUAGUGUCGGUACAGUUAGACAAAUGAGGUUAUUUUUAAAAACAUGCUGUGAAAGCCUGCUUUGUUCCACAGCAUUGUCUCUACCCUUGAGAAGCAGGAGCAUAAGUUUGUAUGAGAAAUAAUAGAGGCUUGAGUUAUGAAAUAAUUUUAUCUUUAAGGAGCUAGGAUGUACAUGUGAAUGGACAUAUUUUACUGUACACUCGAGACUGAUUUUUCAAAAAUCAAAUUGCUUCUGCAUGUGGUUUUAGCCACUGAGUACCCAUUUUCUUGAUCUUGAUUUACUUGUUUAUUUCUUUUUCCUUUUUUUUCUUAUUUUUCUGUGGGAUUGGAAUGAUAGUAUAACUGUUUGUACAUAGUUAUAGCCCAGUGGAGCCCUAAUUCUUCCCUGUGAUUGUGAUUUCUCAAAUCUUUACUCCUUUUUGGACUGACUCUUCCAAUUCCACCUAAACAAUUUUCUAGAGAUCUCUUAUAGCCAAAACAAAAUAUAACAUACAGCUAAAUUAAGUUAAAGGAUUAUGAUAAACUCAGAAAAACAAAAGUGAAGGAAUCUCAUUUUUCAUUUUAUAAAAGAUUGUGUGAUGAUUCUAAAGUGACUGGAAUUUUAACAGGUGGACACAUAUGUGUAUAUGCAAGUAGGUGUGAGUUUCACAAUUACCACCAUGGACUGAGUCCCCAUUGUAAUAAUUAAUAUCUUUAGUCAGGAUAAUUUGGAAUUCCUUCUUUGGUAUUUUUUUUUUUGCUUUUAAUUAUUUUUAAUUGACACAUAAUUGUACACAUUUAUGGGGU